ACGUGCGCGAGACCAGUUUCUCACCAACCGGCUUAGCGAUUACACGUGUGUCGGUACAUAUUACAAUACUGUGUGUGUGUGCGUGUUUUGUUUUUGGUGAACUGAUUUUUAAUUUUCGGAUAUGUGGAACUACCUGCUGUUCUCGGCGCUAGUGACGCUGGUCUCGCUGCUCUUCCGGCACAAUCUCAGCUCGCCAAUCAGUGUUCUCGAUCAUCCCGAGACGCAGUAUGAUUAUAUCAUUGUUGGAGCCGGGACUGCGGGAUGUGUUAUGGCUUCGCGUCUGUCGGAAGAUCCGAACGUGACGGUUUUACUGGUCGAGGCUGGCGGCUACUUCAACUGGUUGUCUUCCAUUCCUCUGGCGGCACCGGCUCUUCAGAAAACCCACGUCGACUGGGGAUACAAAACCGAGAGUCAGGCUUUCUCUUCCAGAGGCCUAUGGGAUCACCAACAAAGGAUACCCCGAGGUAAGGGUCUGGGGGGCAGUGGUCAGCUCAACUACUUGGUGCACUCGUUCGGUCGUCCGGAAGACUACUCCAAUUGGCCCCGAGGCUGGUCGUACGCGGAUCUCCAGCCCUACUUCAAAAAAGUCGCCUCGACCAUGCACGUCCAGCAGAUAGUCAGUGACGAGCAGGGACUCGUGCAAGCCAUGGACAUGGCCCGGGAAACGAUGAACGAGACCGACACCGUUUUUAUCAAAGCUCAGAGCACGCUUUUCGAAGGCUCCAGGUGGAGCACUUAUCAGUCGCACUUGCAGAUGGCUUGGAACAGGCGGAAUUUGCAUAUAGUUAUGAAUACCGUGGUGUCGAGGAUAUUGCUGGACUCGAAAAAUGUGAUCGACGGCGUGGAAAUCCAGUACGAGGAUGGGAUGCGCGAAACAAUCGAAGCCAAGAGGGAAGUGAUAGUUUGCGCUGGCGCAAUAGCUACUCCUCAACUGCUGAUGGUUUCUGGUAUCGGUCCCGAGGACGAACUGAAGAAGCACAAGAUACCUCUGCAAGUCGACGUUCCCGCAGUGGGGAAAAAUUACGCCGACCACUUCAACAUGCCUGUCUACGUGAAUCUCGAGUCGCCUGUCAGUAUAACGCUCAAGAAAAUGCAGUCGGUUUCCACGAUCGUCGAUUACUUUCUACAUGGAACAGGGCUUCUGGCCUCUAAUGGAAUCAUGGGAAUGGCACGACUCGAUGACAGCGCCGUGAUUCUCGCCGGAGUCGGCUCGGCCGAUGAAAAGCUUCUAAAAGAUCUGUCGAAUUACAGAACCGAGACUUUCAGAUCGCUCUUCCCGUCGUACAGCGACAUAACGCGCGAGGGCUUCUUGUUCAUGUCGAAUUGUCAACAGCCCAAGAGCCGAGGAAACGUCACACUCAGGUCGGCCAGUGUCUUCGACAGGCCGAUGAUCGAACCAGCUUUUCUCCAGAGAGACGAGGAUAUCGCUUGCACUAUUAAAGCGAUAAGACUGGGCCUGACCAUUCUGGAGACGCCUCUGUUCCGCGAAUUCGGAGCCGAGGCUCACGUACCUGAUCUCGAGGAAUGCAAGGACCUCGUACAGGAUUAUCGGGAUGACGCGUUUGCGGAAUGCGCGAUAAGGGUGUCGGCUCUCACGAGCCAUCACCCCUGCGGCACUUGUCGCAUGGGCGACAGUAAUGCCGACAACGACACCGUCGUCGACGAAUUCCUCAGGGUUUACGGCAUCGAGGGCCUGCGAAUAGUCGACGCGAGUGUACUUCCAGGCCCGAUAUCGGGCACGCCCAACUCGGUGAUCAUAGCCCUGGCGGAGAAGGCCGCCGACAUUGUCUUAAACAGGUCGCCGAGCUCCACUAGGCGGUAAUAAGUAUACAUGCGGAAUAUUCAUAUAGGACAAGUAAAAUAAUCAAGCUACAGAAUGGAAAAAGACGCGGGUGGAACCGACGUCAACCACAGAGUGCCUUCUUCUAAAUUUGGCCCGUUUCCUGCUUGGUCGCCGAACUUAUCGAUUAGGUAGUAACAGGAAAUGUUUUACUUUCGUUUUACUUAUACAGAUAGUUUUCGAAAUCAACGUCUAUCGAUGUCUAACUGGUGUUUUUGAUUUUUUUUUACUUUUUCUGUUCGAUAAAUGCAAAAUUUAUUCUACCUUACGAUAUUCUUCGAAAGUUACGAUGGAUUAUUAUAACAACACUGUGCAUGGCUUUAAUUGGUUUGCAAUGUUAAAAACAUGGCUGUGAUGUAGUCUUUAUAGUUUAGUUAUAUACUUCUUUCGUGCAAAUUUCGUUUAUGUGCAUUGUAAUUUUCAUCAUAUAAUAUCUCUUAAGUGUACAUGGAAUACUCUAAGUAUUAUAAAAUUUGGACUGUUUUUCAACAUCAUACUUUUGAUCCUCGAAUUUCUGCUAAACAGUCGGAACAUCUUUCCUUGUUGUCGACAGUCAAAUCAUAGGGAUGAGAUUUCAUGGUACUACCUAAUUACACACAUGAAUAAACUAAAAAUGUAGAUUAAUUUAUUGCGUUACAAGUUACUGCGUUAAAUGUGUGUGUUGGCAAUGCCCGAGAAUACAUUUCUUUGAUAAAGUUGUGCAAAUUUCUAAACCAGGAAAAGCCAUUGUAAAUAUAAUAAUUGUUAUUGUUGCACUAGAAGUAUUUAUAAACUCUUAUCGGCAUUUGUAUUUUCCUUCAAUUGUAAUUAAACAUAAGGUAUGUGAUUGUAAGUAGUUUGCCUCUUAUAACGAUUAUGAUACUCGUACGUUAAUAAAAUAUAAUAUUAAUUAUCUUUAGAUUUUAUAAUAAAUAUGCCUUCUAAUAAACAAUUUGAUUGAUAAAAUCAAUUUUCACAUAAUAUUAUGCGUUGCAUUUGUACAUCAAUACAAAUUCAUUUAUGGCUAUAUACAAAGUCAACAAAUAUUUUCGAAUAAUUUUUGUGAUAGAGGUUAACAAGGUGUGAAAAGUAAUAACAGAAGUGUAUAAAAUAAAAUUUGAUACAUUCGCUUAAUGAAAUUUUUGAGCGAUUUUCAUUAUCGACAAAGUAACAGCGGCUUUCCGUCUUGAUUCGUGAUAUGUAAGCAUUCGCUGUACAUCUAGCUUUAAGUAGGCAAAUUAUGAAAGAAAAUAAAAACCUUGUUGUGUAACUUUAA